UUAAUUUUCACUGAGGCUUGUAUAUAUCAAAACUUCAAACAGAACUAAUAAAAGUAAAAGUAUAGGCUAUAGCAAAAGUCGAAAAAUAGUGAAAUAGGGUCAAAAGAAAAGAAAGAUGAGAGUGUGUAUUUGUAUUUAAUUGAAGAUUUGUUUUUGAUAUUAUAUAUAUAAAAAUAGAAAAUUGCAUUAAAUAUGUAUGUACGUACACAGCGGCAGAUGUCUUCUGGUAGUAGAGACAUUCUGAUACACAAAAAUUAAGUGUAAGAAACGAAAUAAAUACCUCUCACUUACCACCCCAGACAAAGACCCACCCACCAUAAUAGACCCAAGAAGAAGAAGAAAGAAAGAAAAGAAAAGAAAGAUGAAAGAUAAUUCAGAAAAGAAGGAUAAUCAAGAUGAGCAAGAAGAAGCAGAUUUACAAAAUAUAAGAGCUACAGAAGAAAGCAAUUGCACAAGUUUCUUCAUGAGUAGUAGUCCCUGCUGUAAUUUCUUAUGCUAUGCAGUUAAGGCUUUCUUUAAGUGCUUGGGCUAUGAAUAUGACCCACACGACGUCAACUAUUCCCCUCUUCCCACUACGCAAACUUCAGAUCAACCUUCUUCUAAGGAUCCAUCUCAAACAAAAACCCCUGAGGAGGAUCAGGAGGAAACGGGCACAACUAGAAUAGUACUUUCGAGAAGGACUCCACCACCACGAAGACAAGGACCCACUCGCGGUAGAGGAGGUCAGAACAACUGAUCAACUAAACAAAGAGAUAUAUUUGAUCGAGAGCACCAUCAGAAUCCUCUAUAUAUAUAGAUAUAGCCUUCUUUUUCACUAUUUCAGGUUCAACUAAAGAGUUUAUAUUCACUACUAAUUAGACUUCUUUAACAUGUGUGUUAUAUGUAUAUCAUCUUAUGUACAAUUAGAGUAAUGCAUGUUUUUUUUCUCUUUUAAUUUGUAUGAGUAAAUGUUUUUGUUUGUGUGUGUAUAUGUACAUAAAUUGUGAUAUAUAUAUUGAUAAGUCUUUUUUAGUUACUUUAUCUAAAAAAAACAUGCAUGGUGAUGUCUUUUCUUUUCUU